UCCUCGCGAGAAAGCCCAUGAUGCUGAUGGAUGCACUGAUCAUCUUCAUCAGGCGUUCGUGGGCGAUAGAGGGGGGGAGAACAGCGCCAUCAGGCAAAGAGGGAAACGCUCGGCCGCCUUUGCUCACUGCCUGCUCGCCGGGUUUCCCCGUGCACCACGGAUGGAGUGUGAGCGGUCCGCCUCAGCGCAGCCCGACGUGAAAACAGAAGAGGAAAUAGAAGCACUGAUUUUUGAUGGUGCAGAGGUUGUUGACAUUCACAACAUGCAAGUUCCUCAGCGAGUACUUUCAGUUAAUAGUGUCCCCUCAACCUUACAUGAGAGUGAUGAACAGAGGAGAUGUCUGGCAACCCUAGUAUACCUGAAAAAUACCAGAAACAAUAACCCUGGGGAAUGCAGCGCUACAGGAGUUGAUCUAUCUGAUGUGGAACCUGAAAGCACUGGUUACCAGGAGCAACCCCUAACUGAGAAUAGGCGUGCUGGGAUCAUUACUCAUCAACCAUGUGGGCUCCGAUCAGGGAAAAGGAAAACAUUUGCUCCCUCUAAUGCCCAGAUGGGCAAACCGGCCAACUACAAUGAAGUAAGAUUAAAGAAGAAAAGAGUGCACAGUAUGGUAAGACCACCUGCAUUAAGGAGACUGUCAGAUGAUGAAGAUUAUGAGUUCUAUGAUGAGGAAUCUGAUGCAAUGCCAGAUAAUGUUAGUGACUUAUCGGAUAGCUCUGAAAACGUAGGUCAGCAAACCUCACUGAUGGAAGUUAUCAACUAUUGUCAGGUUAUAUAUUCUGCCAUCCGAAGACUGGACAGAAAAGUGGAAGUGAUUCAGAGAAAAGUAUCUGAUCUGCGUCAAGGAAAAACAAGAUACUUUGCUAAGCAAAGGCAAGUUUUAGCAUCUCUUUCCAACGGUUAUAACCAGACCUUGAAGAGGAAAAUGGUACUGAAAUCCUGUGGGAAUAUACGAAAGAAGAGAAUUGCCUGCUCCACCCCCUCUUAUCAGAGUGAGCCAAAUUACUCUAAUGAUCCUAUAAUAAUUCAGGACGAAGAAGAUGUUGCUGAUAUGAUAGUUAGUGAGAAGCCAAGUGAAUCAGCAACCUUUCAUUCCACGGAACAGAUCCUGGAAAAUGUGAUGCCACCAACCAAUUCAGCUGUGCCUGGUCAAGUGCUACAGCGCCUGGCCCUAAACCCAGACCUUCAGCAACCGAGCCAGAGGCCACAAUCCAUACCAGCAACAUAUAAAAUGAACAAACUACUGAACAGCCACAGUCAGCGACCAGUGCUUCAGCAGCUAGAAAUAAAGAAAACUUUUCAAACCAUAGAAAAUGCUCACCAAAACUUUGAUUCAUCAGCUGAUCAUUGUAAUAAUGCGGAGCCUUUGAGGAAGGAUCCAAUGCUGCAAGAUUCAUCUUUUGAUCUUUCAAAGAACAGCUUUGGAUUUCUGGGGAAUCCCAAGCGCAGUGUUAAAAUACCUGGUGCAUUUAUAUUGAAGGCCAGUCAGAAGACCCAGCCAAAGUUAGCAGCACGUUAUUUGGCCAGGAAUUUGUUCACCGAUGAGGUUCUCAUAUCAAGUAGUGUUCUGGGAAACAAGCAGUAUGGGCUGAAAUCACUGGAUCCAAACAAACUUGCAGCUGUGAGAGAGUUCUUAAGCAAACAGUUCCCUCACCAUGAUCUCACUGAAGUUGGUAAAGACUGGAAGAUCUGCAUUUCUGCAAUCAACAAUAUGAUCAGCACUACAAGGAGAAGAGUUGAAACAGGCUCAAACCAGGGAAGAGAAUACCUAUCUGAUGAAAAAGCAUCAACUUCGACCGUCUCUCCAUCUACCUCUGAUUCUGCUGCAAACAGUCAGCUCUGGUGGCUUUACCAGAACCCAACACCAUUAUCUCCUACUACAAAUCAAAAACCUUAUGAGAAAUUAGAGUGCCUCGGAAGAUCUGACCGGAAAGUGGAGUUGCCAGCCUCUGUGAUCCAUCUUGCCAAGCAGAGGACACGACCUGAAUUGGCAGCCCGUUUCCUCAUCAGACACCUCUUCCCAGACAGCGUGCUUCUCAGGAGUAAUGUGUAUGGAGCAAUUCGGAAAGGAAAAGCUCCGCUUGACUGUAAUAAGAUAAAUGCUGUGCGAGAAUUUCUAGCCGAUUGCUUUGCAGGUUUUGACCUGGCUGAGGAUGGCAAAGACUGGAAAGUAUGUGUUGAUGCAAUUAAUGGUGUCAUUCGAUGUCUCAGAUAUGAACUAAAGAAGACACCGCAAGGAAGAUCAUUCCUUAAACAUUAUUCAUCACCUGACCCAGGCCAAGCUGAGAUGGAAUGACAUGAAGCAAAUGAAUGCACGUUGUAAUUACGUGGUCAUAGACGCAAUUCCAAGUAUUAAUUGUAUGCUGUUCUGAGGUAUAAGGAAAAUAUGGAAGAAUCUAAUGGAAGGAACAUUAAAGUGGACAUUCCAUUAUUAUCCAA